CGGAAGCCGCGCUGGGCCGGGCAUGGCGGCGGCUGCGGAGGGCGUCCCUGCGACGCGACGCGAGGAGCCGCCUCGAGAUGAUGCUGCGGUGGAGACAGCUGAGGAAGCAAAGGAGCCCGCCGAAGCGGACAUCAAUGAGCUCUGCCGGGACAUGUUCUCCAAAAUGGCCACAUACUUGACUGGGGAGCUGACAGCCACUAGUGAAGACUAUAAACUCCUGGAAAACAUGAAUAAGCUAACAAGCUUGAAGUACCUUGAAAUGAAAGAUAUUGCUAUAAACAUCAGCAGAAACCUAAAGGACUUAAACCAGAAAUAUGCUGGGCUGCAGCCGUAUCUGGACCAGAUCAACAUGAUUGAAGAGCAGGUGGCAGCUCUCGAGCAGGCAGCCUACAAGUUGGAUGCUUAUUCAAAAAAACUGGAAGCCAAGUACAAGAAGUUGGAGAAGCGAUGAGAAAUGUGUUCCCGUGGAUCAAGUGUUUUUUAACAUGGAAGAAUGUUUUAUAACUAGUAAAUCCUGAGGCUGAUGAACCAUCCCAGCUGCUGGUUAAUCCCAAGGCCAUCUGACGCUGGAUGAACUGGAGGGCUCUGGCUGCUCCCAAGUCUCCUGAGGUGGCAUCUCGAAACUCACACUUGGAGCGUCUCACCCUUUACUUGAAUGCUUCAUCAUCUACUCAAGACUGAGACUCUAGAGAGUUCAGGGCUUACUUGGGCUUGCCGGUACAGUCCAGUGAGAGGACCUGCUUUCCCUGGUAGUGGGCAAGUAGCACAGUAUUUUCUAAAAUGGCUGUUUUGUUUUCUGUUGAUGAUGGUAAUGUAUUGCUUACAAGAUUCUAAAUUAAAAAGGAAAACAAACAAGUGUGUUUUUUUGCAACCUGUUACUAUCUAUGUGGCAAUAAUUUGCUUUUCCAUAACACUGCAAAUAACAGAAACUACCAAAACAAUUCCAAGCCAAGUCUUUUUUUUUUAGAUUUACUUAUUUAUUAUGUAUAUAAUGUUCUGCCUACAUAUACACCUGCACAGCAGAAGAGGGCAGCAGAUCUCAUUAUAGAUGGUUGUGAGCCACCAUGUGGGGGCUGGGAAUUGAACUCAGGACCUCUGGAAGAGCAGCCAGUGCUCAUACUUCCAAGCCAUCUCUCCAGCCCCCCAAGCCAAGUCUUCAAGACUGAGAAGGAGGGAAAGGAGUGUUUUGCUAACUUAGUGUGAGGGGCUCCUUCCACCAGGCCUGGGAUGUGCUGUGCAAGUGCCCAACUGGUAGCUGCCUCCCAGCUCUUCCACUCCAUUUUGAAGCUAGAUCUGUAGGGCAGCAGUUCAACCGGUGGGUUGCACCCUCUUUGGGAGUUGUGUAUCAGGUAUCCUGCAUGUCAGAUAUUUAAAUUAUGAUUCAUAACAGCAAAAUUGCAGUUUUAAAGUAGCAGUGAAACAAUUUUAUGGUUGGCGGGCGUCACCACAACAUGAGGAACUGUAUUAAAGGGUUGCAGCGUUAAGAAGGCUGAGAGCCAUUGCUCUUAGGUAUUCAGUAGACUCUAAGUUUGAGACCCUCCUGUUUCAGCCUCCCCUUCAGGUUCAGUUUCUUCUCUCUUUCUACUUGAGUCAGAUGUGUGUAUGUGUAUGACGCCCUGAGAUCUGUUCUGUUUUGGAAACGUGGUAGACAAGAUGUGUAUGUGUGCUUGUGUCUUAGAUGUGGAAGGUGGGAGCUAGCAUUCAUAUAAUAAAGCAACAUAAUUUGUAA